CAAGUCGAGCAAUAGCCAAAGUGAUCUCUUGUUUUUACACUUCGUCGAGAGCAAGUCAGAAGUAGUAGUGCUAGUUUGUUUGAUCCAGUUCAGUUGAGAGAGAGAUGGCGUCCAACCAGAACCAGGCGAGCUACCGCGCCGGCGAGGCCAAGGGCCACACCCAGGAGAAGGCUGGGCAAGUGAUGGGCGCGGCCGAGGACAAGGCCUACGAGGCCAAGGACCGGGUGGCGGCUCUGGCGGGCCACUCCUCCGGACAGGGGCAGGGCGCCACGGAGGCCACCAAGCACAAGGCCGGCGAGGCCACCGACAAGGCGUCCCAGACGGCGCAGGCGGCCAAGGACAGGGCUGCCGGGACGGCGCAGACAGCCAAGGACAAGGCCUCCGAGACCGCGCAGGCCGCCAAGGACCGCACCGUGGAGAGCAAGGACCAGACCGGCAGCUUCCUCGGCGAGAAGACGGAGAUGGCCAAGCAGAAGGCAGCGGAGACCGCCGAGGCGGCCAGGCAGAAGGUGGCGGAGACCGUGCAGUACACGCAGGAAAGGACCUACGACGCGGCGCAGUACGCCAAGGAGUCCGCCGUCGCCAGCAAGGACAACACCGGCAGCGUCCUCCAGCAGGCCGGCGAGACGGUGGUGAAUGCCGUGGUGGGCGCCAAGGAUGCCGUGGCCAACACGCUGGGCAUGGGCACAGAUGGCACCAACACCAACACCAGCGCCGCCACCAAGGACACCACCACCCGCACCUCAGAGGAGAUCGUCAGGGAUCACCAUUAGACGCAUGAGCUCAAUUUGCUUUCUUUCCUUCUCUUGACAAACGUAUUUGGUCGCAACUUUGAUUUUGUAAUGUAUCUCCUUUGUGUUUGUCAUUUCAAGUUAGUACGAUGUAACAAUAAUAAUACUCUCUUCAUUUUAAAUUACUCGUCGCAAAAGUGAAUGUA